AUAAUUCUCAUUUAGUCUACAUUGUAUGUUUGAAUACUAUGCAUACACGUAACCACUUUCGGCGCCUCAUAAACAAGGACAGCGUGUAACUUUAACAAAUAUGCAUUCUUAUGCAUUUGAAUUUUAUAUCAUAUCAUUAAUGAUAAUUUCUAGAUAUACCUCAAUUGCAGAAGAACUGGACAGCAACAAAGAAAAUACAGACAUUACUGAUGAGAAGCAGACGACAUUUCCCGCUACUGAAAAAUCAGAUGAACAUGUGAAGAUGAAAGGGAAAAUAUCUCACCUCGAGCAAUACAAAAAACUGUUUAACGAACAUAGAAAGAUGCAACUUAGCGCUGUCAAGUCCAUGCAGCGGUUUGGAAAUCAGGAGGCACAGUUCAAACUGGUGAAUGUUAUGCUCACGCAGCUGUUCAAGAACCUGCAUGAUGCUCGGCAGAAUUUGACCAUGUGGGGGUUUUUGCCUGGUGAUGAAUUUCCACAAAAUGAAACAAUCAGAGAAAGUAUGUCAAAGGUUUUUGAAAACACUGCUUUGUUUGGUGACAUGGUUCUUCGUAUGCCAAAAGCUGUCCAUGAGUUUUAUGACAGAAAUCGUGAGUGGCAACUUUUGCUUGCUUGGAGUUAUGGCUUCUGCAAUCAGUCGCAAGUCUUUGAGGGUUCCGGCGAAACUCUUCUGAAUUUGAUGGGGCAGGAGGUAAACCUUGUGCCCAAAUCUGCAGAUUUUGUCAAUCCAUAUGAAGGUGAUGUAGAUCCUAAGGAAAAAGUCCCAGUUUCCAUUGUUCCCAAGAAGGCAACAAAAGAAAAGGAGAGAAAAAAAAUUCCAAGAGGCCCGAGAAUGAGCCGAACGGAAUUGUAGCAUCUUACAAGAGACAACAUGGAAAAUGUGUUUGUUUGCAUGAUUGAAACAUUUCUUUAUGAUAUCGUUUGAUGAAAUGACUUGUUCUUGCUGUUAAGCUUGAAUCUUAUAAAAGAAGAAUGAUGCACGACAAUUUUACAUACUUUUCAGUUAAAGGACUUGGUUUAUAUUUUUGUUCGUAAUUUUGACUGAUAUCCAUUAAAAUAUAUAAUAUAUCCAUUAUAAUGCAGUAAUUUCACCCGUGAUGCAAUACUGUAGUACAGGUAUCUAUGCAAAUUAUUGUUGAUCUUUUUUCACAUAUAUUAAUGUUUCAGAAUCUUGUGUGUAAGCAAGGUUUUUUCAUUGCCAGGCACAUUACUAAAAUUGGAAUGUGAGUGUACUUUAAAUACACGUAAUGACCACAUGAUAAAAUGGCAAAUUGUCAAUGCAGCCAACUUAUCACUGCCUGUGUGAAUGAUGAUCUUUUUGGCUGUAUUGUUUGAAAGUGAUUUUAAAAGUCACAUUGCUGAAAAUAACUGUUUUGUCACAAUUAAAAUUCAUCAGAAUAAUGCACAUAUCGAGGAAAAAAGAGCUGUCAUUCAUGCAAUUCAUCAUACUAUGCCUGUACUGGCGGAAUGUGAUUAAUAAGGGUAGGUAGAGGGAAACUCCAAACCCAUUUCGUAGUUGCACACAUAUAAGAUGGAAGUUGAAUGUGUAUGCUGUUAUGUAAAUAGAUAAGGCACAUCUAUGGUUUGAUCGUAGGGAGGGAAAGAAGGAGCAUAUUUUGUGACAGCUACCCUACUGGUCAUUCUUCACUGAUUGCUUCCAUUUGUCUCAGCAAGUAACGUCAUUUCCCUCUAUCAAAUCGAAAUCCAUUUUUUUUCCUGCUGAAUGGUGAAAGUUCAGCCUUUAAUUGACUAUGCUUAAAGAAAACUGUCUCUCCUGCCUCUCAGAGGAGAAAAAAAAGUAGAAAUUUGCUGUUGUAGGAUAAAUGAAAAGGAUACAUUAAAGAUAACUCAAAUUAUUUGUUCAGUAAAGUUAUAUGUCUAUAAUUCCAGGUAUGCUAUGACUAGUAUAGCAUCAAAUUUGAUCAUAGUUUCUAUAACAACAUUGAUCUGUCUUUUUCUAUAGUAUAUUUUAAUGGGUUGUUUCAAAUCUAUGAAUAAUGAAAAUAUCCAUUUGGACUUACAUCUUUCCUUUGACCUGUUGCUCCACAUUAGAUAAUAAAUGCUUUUUGAGCUUCUCGUCAUUCCUCUGCCACUAAAAAAUGCCCCUUUAACAAUUGCAUUAUAUUAAUUAUAUGUCCUUGUCAUCUGUUGAAUUAAUCUUUGAAUGUUUAAACUGCCAUAUGUAUUUCAUUAGUCAAUAGGAAUGAUUAUUCAUUAAACAUCUACAUGUAUGAUAUCUGAACAUAAAAAUUGAACUGACAGAGUUCUGUUUAUGGCUGAAAAAAAUGUGUUAAUAAUUUCCAGAAUGGUUCAGACAACAAAGGGCUUAAAAAAAAUCAAGUUUUGUAAGGACAAAAGUUCUCUCUUCCUAGUCACUUCCAUCUGUAAUUUAUAAACAAACAUGGAGUCCAAAGAGGUAUUUUAUCAUAUUGUAUGUUGUAUGUUGUACUCUGUUCUGAAUGCCACUUAUAGUUUUGGCCAAACUAAUGCUUUGGCAAACCAUUUUGGGUGGAAGAAUAAGUACUUAUUACUUAAUUGUGACACUAUUUAAAUUACUGCCCAUUCUGCGACAACAGAAGUUUUUCAUUUAUUACAACGUUUCCUCUUCUUAUGUUCAUCACCAAAAUAAAAAGAGAAUCUUCUUAACUGACA